UAUAUUUGCUUGGCCUAUAUUAAAGACCUUCAGGACUGGACUAAUUUUUAAACCUGUGGACUGGUGGAAGUUGUAUCCUUUACAAAAGUGCGAUGGUAGUGGUAGGGACGUACUGUCCAAAAAACAGGGCCCUGGCUAUGACUUGGGCUCUUAGGUGCUACUUCAGUACAAGUAGAUAACAAAAUAGUAGUAAUAAUGGCUGUCUUAAAAUUCAUGGGCUGGAGAGAAGAAUCUAUCUGCUGUGUAGUGGGAGGAGCUGGAAUGAGGAGAAAACAAUGAAGCAAAUUGCAACACAUUGGCAAAGUUUCUUACAAAUAUUUUCAAUUGUAAAACCUUUUGGGCAGGAACUAUAUUUUCCUAAGGAAGAUGUCGCUAAUGAGGAGAUGGCAGAAAAACUGUCUAUUCGAAAGCAGCGCUUUCUGAAGUUUGCAUCCUUGGAAUAUGAAGGAGAAUAUUACAUGACACCUAGAGACUUCCUGUUCUCAGUAAUGUUUGAUCAAGUCGGCCGUACAGCGUUGGCCAAGAAACUGACAAAAAAGGAUGUAGAGGCUUCACUGGUAAAUGUUACGAAGGCUAAGCCAGGACCAACCUUUUUUAGAGACCUUGGCGAUAAAGGUAACACACUUUG